GGAGUUGAAGCAGCUUGAGAUGGACCUGCUGUCCCAAGGGGGAUGAACAUCUGAAGAUCUGGCUUAGUGGGAGCCAGUUGGCUGCUUGGAGUUGUCCAUGGUCCUGCAAGUGGAGACCCAAAAACUCCUUUGAAAGCCAGAGGGAAGCACCAAGUCCCACAGAAGGAAAUGGAAGGAUGGGCAGUGUUGCCAACAAACACAUUCAGAUGAGGAAAGUCUAAUCUUACCAAGUCAGAGAGAUGUGCCUGGGGUGAGAAAUCAAAAGAAGCCGGACUCGGAGACCGCUUGGAUCGGACCGGGCGAAAGGAUGCUGCGUCUCCAUGGCCACGCGCGCGGAGGACCAGCCGGCAGGAGGGAUACAGGAGCAUCUCCAGCCGGCUCGGGAAAAGCAGGCAGCGGAGGCGGCGCCGGCUUCGGCUGACCCGGCAGUGGAAGCGGCGGAUAAGGCGGCGUCGGAGGCCGCCUCCUCUUCCUUCUCCUUCCCCUCCGCCCCCUGCUAGACCCGCCCGGGUUCGGCUCCGCCUCGCCCGGCGUGCUUUGAACCAGCGGAGCCAAGCAGGCGGGGAUGCCCCUGGUGGGCUCGGGAGGGGGGCUUCCCUUGCACACGCCUGCCCUUUGCACGCUCCAGGGAGGUGAGCAUGCGGGCGAGCCUUGGCGCCUUCCCACGACUAGGCAAGAAUUCAAUAGACACUAUUUUGGCUGAAAUAUUUUCUUCCAGUUUGAAGGCUUCAUCACCAUUAUUUGAAGAUGAAGAUAGUCCUUAUGGUAGCUGAGAAGCCCUCUUUGGCUCAAUCCAUCGCCAAAAUCCUUUCAAGAGGAAAUAUGUCAUCACGCAAAGGGUUAAAUGGGGCGUGCUCUGUCUAUGAAUUUACCGGUCCUUUCAUUGGACAAACUGUCCACUUCAAGAUGACGUCAGUAUGUGGUCAUGUGAUGACGCUGGAUUUUAUAGGGAAAUACAACAACUGGGAUAAAGUUGACCCAGCCGAGCUUUUUAGCAAAGCUCCGACGGAAAAGAAAGAAGCCAAUCCCAAACUUAACAUGGUGAAAUUCUUACAGGUGGAAGGGAGAGGCUGCGACUACGUUGUCCUGUGGCUGGAUUGCGACAAGGAAGGUGAAAAUAUAUGCUUUGAGGUCCUGGAUGCAGCCCUCCCGGUGAUGAAUAAACCUCGAGGGGGUGAGAAGACGGUCUACCGAGCCAAAUUCAGCUCCAUCACGGACACGGACAUUUGCAAUGCCAUGAACCAGCUGGGCGAACCCAACCACAACGAAGCUCUCUCAGUUGACGCACGGCAAGAGUUAGACUUGAGGAUCGGCUGUGCAUUUACCAGGUUUCAGACAAAAUAUUUCCAGGGUAAAUACGGCAAUUUGGACAGUUCUUUGAUCUCCUUUGGGCCUUGCCAGACGCCCACGCUGGGAUUUUGUGUGGAGCGCCAUGAUAAAAUCCAGUCGUUUAAACCCGAAACCUACUGGGUGUUGCAAGUCAAGGUGGUUCCCGACAAAGACAGUUGUUUGACCCUGGAGUGGGACAGAGUGAGAAUCUUCGACCGAGAAAUUGCUCAGAUGUUUUUGAAUCUAACAAAAAUGGCCAAGGAAGCGAAGGUGGAGUCUGUGAGUAAAAAGGAGAAAGUGAAACAACGGCCUCUCGCUCUCAAUACGGUGGAAAUGUUGCGGGUCGCCAGCUCUGCGUUGGGAAUGGGACCGCAGCACACUAUGCAGAUAGCUGAGCGGCUGUAUACCCAGGGUUACAUUAGUUACCCUCGAACAGAAACGACGCAUUAUCCCGAAAAUUUUGAUUUGAAAGGCCCUUUGCGACAGCAAGCUAAUAAUUCUUACUGGGCUGAAACUGUCAAAGCAUUAUUAGUGGAAGGCAUCAACAGGCCACGGAAGGGCCACGAUGCCGGAGAUCAUCCCCCCAUCACACCAAUGAAAGCUGCCUCUGAAGCAGAAUUGGGGGGCGAUGGAUGGAGGCUGUACGAAUACAUCACAAGGCAUUUUAUCGCCACGAUCAGCGCUGACUGCAAAUACCUUCAAACUACUAUUGUGUGCAGUGUUGCCUCGGAACGUUUCACCUGCAUAGGAAAGACGGUUCUUUCGCCAGGGUUCACUGAGAUAAUGCCUUGGCAAACUAUCCCUCUGGAAGAGAGCCUGCCCAGCUGUGAGCGUGGAGACCUCUUCCGUGUGAAUGAAGUGAAGCUGCUGGAGAAGCAGACCAGCCCACCCGAUUACCUGACGGAAGCUGAACUCAUCACAUUGAUGGAAAAACAUGGGAUAGGAACGGACGCCAGCAUUCCUGUCCAUAUCAACAACAUUUGCCAACGCAACUAUGUCACUGUGGAAGGGGGCCGCAGGCUGAAACCUACCAACCUGGGCAUCGUCUUGGUACAUGGCUACUACAAAAUAGAUGCGGAGCUGGUUCUGCCCACCAUCCGCAGCGCAGUGGAGAAGCAGCUCAACCUGAUUGCUCAAGGAAAAGCCAAUUACCACCAGGUGCUGGAACACACCUUGGACAUCUUCAAAAGGAAGUUCCACUACUUUGUGGAUUCCAUUGCUGGCAUGGAUGAGUUAAUGGAAGUGUCUUUUUCACCUCUGGCUGCCACAGGGAAGCCCCUCUCCCGAUGCGGCAAAUGUCAUCGUUUUAUGAAAUACAUCCAGGCCAAGCCGAGCCGUCUUCACUGCUCGCACUGCGACGAGACCUACAGCCUCCCCCAGAACGGGACAAUCAAACUGUACAAAGAGUUGCGAUGCCCCCUGGAUGAUUUUGAGCUGGUGCUGUGGUCGUCUGGAUCCAGGGGAAAGAGUUACCCACUCUGCCCUUAUUGUUACAAUAACCCUCCUUUUAGGGAUAUGAAGAAAGGAAUGGGCUGCAACGAAUGCACCCACCCCAGCUGCCAGCACUCGCUCAACCUGCUUGGCAUUGGCCAGUGUGUGGAGUGCGAAAGCGGGGUGCUGGUGCUGGACCCCAUCUCCGGGCCCAAGUGGAAAAUGGCCUGCAACAAAUGCAACGUGGUCGUGCAUUUCUUCGAAAACGCCCACAAGGUGCGCGUGUCGGCCGAGACCUGCGAGGCCUGCGACGCCGCGCUGGUGGACGUGGAUUUCAACAAGGCCAAGUCGCCGCUCCCCGGCGGGGAGACCCAGCACGCCGGCUGCGUCUUCUGCGACCCGGUUUUCCAGGACCUGGUGGAGCUGAAGCACGCCGCCAUGAAGCACCCCAUGCACCGGGGCGGGCAAGGGAAAAGGCAGGGGCGAGGACGAGGGAAGGGCCGACGGCUCGGGGGGAGGCAGCCCCCCAAGAAGCCGAAAGACAAGAUGGCGGCCCUGGCGGCUUAUUUUGUAUGA